AUGGCGAUGUCGUUGAUGCGACUAAUGCCGAAUUUGCGAGGACCGGCAGAAAAAAGAAGAAGGCUCUAUUCAAACGUAAUAAAUUCUAUCAUACUAUACGGAGUUCCUAUAUGGGCAGAAAUGAUCUCAAAGAACAAAGAGAUUAAAGAAAAACUGAGACGCAUACAGAGAAACGUAGGACUGAGAGUGAUAUCGGCGUACCGCACAACCUCACAUGAGGCAGUGGCGAUUCUAGCGAGCCAGAUACCUCUAGACAUCAAAACAACGGAGUACGCACGCGUGUACAACACGGUGAGCGGGCUCAGAGAAAGGGGUCACUCGUUGCCACCUAGGAUGAUAAUGGGAAUUAAAAACUUAGAGAGGGAAGCAUCAGUAAUGGAAUGGACCUUCAGACUGGAAGAGGAAGCGGAUCGGCUACCGUGGGCAAGAGUCAGAGACUGCCUGGUCCCAGUGCUGGGCAAACGGCUGACUAGAAGGAAGAAUCUUGGACUGUUCUUUAGAACCACCCAGAUAAUGACGGGACAUGAGUGCUUUAAUUGCUGGGAUGAAGAACGGGAGCAACUCGCCAUGACAUUUGGAAGACACUUCACGCUUAAGAAGAUAAUGGAGGACAGUUUGGAGGACCCGGACAAGUGGCAGGCCUUUACAAACUUUUGUGAAAAAGUAAUAAAAGAUAAGGAGGUUGCCGAAAGAUGCUAG